AUGAACGCUCACACGAGAAUCUCUCAACUUGUCCUUCUCGCAUCAAAAUCUAAUGUCACAUGCUCCUCACGCAUAAUUCGUUCCUCCUUACCCGCGCUUUCUCUUAAGCUUUUUCAUAGACAAUCUUCAACAAUUACUCCGGCAUUCCUUGAUACGAUCCAACCUUUUCUCCAAGAACGUUCUAAACCACCUACGUCUUCAUAUUUCACUGGCAAGCCAGCGUAUUAUGAUUUGCUUAUACAACUAGACGACUUGAUAUCCAAGUAUUCAGCCUUUCCAAAGCGAGAAAAACCACCACUGGCCACUCUGUGGAAACUCAACGCAGUCUUAAGCCAGGAACUCGGCGUCUCUCUGAAGACCAGCCAGUACAGUAAGAUAGUUCAAAAGCUCAAUGAACUCGAUUUAGUCGAAGCAAGUGAAGUAAAAGAGUUUCUCAAGCUAUUCAAACGGCAUUAUCAGUUAGUAGACAAACGAGAAGAAUUGGCGUCGAGCAAGCAUGGACAAUUGGAUGAAUAUAAAAGAAGUCUCACAGUUGGUAGACGAAAAGAAGCGACCGCGCGAGUUUUCUUGAUUAAAGGGACAGGAGAUGUUAGGGUCAAUGGACGUCCGCUAGCGGAUUAUUUUAUAAAAGCAAAAGAUAGGGAAACCUGCAUCUUUCCGUUUGUAGUGACUGGGACUGUUGGGCAAUAUAAUGUUUGGGCUCUUGUCAAAGGAGGUGGACCAACGGGACAAUCUGGAGCAAUUGCUCAUGCUAUUACCAAGGGCUUGUUAAUUUAUAACUAUGAUUUCAAACCCAUUCUAAGAAAAG